CGAGUAAGAGCGAGUUUUAUUUUUGUUUUUUUUUUUCUAAUAUUCUUUUGAUUAUAUCAAAAUCCGAGCAUGAAUAUCAGUAAAAAUUUGAAGUUCCUGCGCUUGAUGCGUGUCUGUGGACGCAAUAUGAGCGAUUUGUCGCAUCCUCCGAACAUAGCACCGGCUCCGCAAGCUGGCAGGCGAUCCUGUACACUAGAGCAACUCAAGAAUCGUGAGCUGAUUCGUGUCCAUGGAUCGGAAGUCGUUCCUUUUCUGCAAGGACUGGUCACAAACGAUGUAACCCGUUUGCAGCAUCCGGAGGGCCCUUCGUCUAUAUAUGGCCUGUUCCUGAACAAAGGUGGUCGCGUGCUGUAUGACACCAUUAUCUAUCGUACCAAUAAUCCAGAAACCUAUCUACUGGAGUGUGAUCGAGAUGCCUCAUCCGAAUUCCGUCGUAAUUUACGAAUGUUUCGUGUACGCAAACAGAUCGACAUCGAUUCCGUGGAUGAUGAGUACUCGCCAUGGGUGAUUUUCACUAAAAAUGGAGGGGAUGGCGAACUGGUACAUGCUACACACAAUCUGCCCGAGCUGUUUGUGGCUUCCGAUCCGCGUCUGCCCAGUUUGGGCACACGUGUUCUGGCGCCGACCGACAUAAGUUGGGCCAAGCUGGUAAAGGGUUUCUGGCAAAACAAUGAAGUUGUCGCCACUCCGGCAACAGCUGACAACAAUUAUCAAUUGUUGCGCUACAAGCAGGGAGUGGGCGAAGGUGUCCAGGAGUUGCCACCCGGCAAGUGCUUCCCUCUGGAGGCUAAUGCUGAUUUCCUAAAUGGGGUUAGCUUCAAUAAAGGAUGCUACAUCGGUCAGGAGCUGACAGCCCGUAUUCACCAUUCCGGGGUAAUACGGAAGCGAUAUAUGCCCAUACGCUUAACAGCACCACUAGGCUCCAAUCAUACGGUGCAAUCCGUUGCCGGAGCAAAUCUGGGACGUGUCUUUGGUCAUGCCCAGAAUCGGGGUGUUGCACUGUUGCGCAUCGAGCAGGUUCUUAAUGGCCAGCAGGAGCUGACUGUAGAUGGCGAUCGUUGCUAUGCCGAGCGUCCAGAGUGGUGGCCCCGCGAUGUGCCUAGCAAGCGACGAGUGGCGUCCAUAGAGUAGAUCAAUUUAUUGUUUUAUAAUUGUUACCGUAGCCACAUAAAUAUUGUUACAUUUUUUAGGUAGUAAAGACCCCCAGACAUACUCUGUA